UGGAAAUACACGAACAAACAAAGAGUAGAUUACAAGUUGGGAUUUUAAAAAAAAUAUUACUAAAAUAAAACUUAUUUACACAAAAAUGACUAAUAAUGACUACAAUGUGAUGUCAUGGUAACUUAAGUUUAAAAACUGAACAUAAGUUACUACGUUACUACUUUACACACUAGUUACAUUUUGUAAACAAUCUUUAUUUUAGUUAUAAAUAUGUAAUUAUUUCUAGGGGCUACAGGAAGGGAUGCCAAAUAAGUCCAUGGUAUAGACCCGUUCAUCUAGCUAAAAAAGGAAUUUCAUCCGCAAAGUAAUGGGCCACCCAAUUGCCUUCAUGCACAGUAUGAACAAAAGAGACUGCUUUCCUUUCUGAGAUCAAUCUAAUUUCUAGAGUAGCGUCUUUCCAUCUUAAACAAGAAUGUCCCUGACCAACCGAAGCUUCAAAUUGGAAAGACUUGAAACCCAAUGUUGAGUAUAUAUAUAUAUAUAUAUAUAUAUAAAUCUACUGAAAUCAUAUGGGUAGUAAAAGGAAUAGAAACCCCCGGAUCCCGAAUAUGAUUAUAAUAAGUUCUCCAAAAUAUUCCAACAAAUGAUAUCCAAAGGAUUACGCUUGAAAAUAUCUUUCACACUUAAGCCACAAAGAGAAAAACACCUGCCUAACAAAGCUAUCACGUCCAUGAAUGGAAAGGCAAAAAAAACCCCAUGGGAUUUUUUCUGAUGGGCAUGUCUGGUCAAUUUUUUUUUUGAGUAAAUGAUAGUUUUUAAGGCUGAUCCCAGGACGUAUGAUCGAAUAAUGUUUUCUGUUUUUUUUUCUUGUCUACUGUGUCUGAUCUUAUUGUUGUUUGAUGAUUGGAUUCUGACUAGUAUGAGCUAUUUUCUCUCAAUUAUUUCUAUUAUCAUUUUCUAUUUUCUCCUAAAGCCAUGGCCUUUGCCCUUUGGUCUCGUUUCCCUCCUAAUUAUUUCAACCAAACACACACAAAUCUUUAUAUGGCUACUCUAUCACCUUGCUCCAACCAAACAGCGCCUAAAAGAAUAAAUAACUCGUGGAAAGACAUCAGCGUGUCCACCGACCAUCAUCGCGAGCCCGAUGAUGUGCCGAGUAUCACAUUCCUUCUGCUAUUAUUAUUCGUUUUUGGUUGUGUUAGUAGAAACACGAGUCUUUCCUCUUCUAACACACACAAAGAAUUGGAGAAGAGAGAAAAAGCGAUCUUUCUCACAGAACCACACUUCUUCGGUUCUUCCGUUCUUUGUUACGCCCAGGGUAAUUAAUAGCUGACGGUUUGUUCACAGAUGGGGAAGGGUUCCAGGAGCUACGCACCGGGCAGGUCAUCAUCGUAUCAGAUCUUCAAGGACAGGGCUAAGAACAGGGUUGAUGAUCUGCAAGGGAUGCUCACCGAUCUUCAGUCUCUCAGGAAGGAGAGCCGAACUAUUGAGGUGGCGGUUCUUGAGGAGCAGCUUAAUCAGAUGCUCCGUGAAUGGAAGUCAGAGCUGAACGAGCUUUCCUCAUCUUCCUCCUUGCAGGGGGGGAGUCUGGCGUUUAACACAUCAGACCUUUGUAGGCUGGUGCAACUUGGUGAGGAGGAAGAUGAUGCCACCAGUACAUUAGAUGCACCCAAGCAUGAACCUGGUGCACAAAAAGUUUAUGCUGCCUGUUAUCCAGAGGGUCUCAACGAGACGCCAGUGCUUCAGGGACAACAUUUCCAGCUGGUUGAUCGAUGCAAGAGCAAUAACAUUGGUGCUGACAGCGUAAGGAUCAACAAUAUGGGCAUUCCAGCACAGUUUGACUAUCAAUCAUAUGAAUUUCAUCAAGAGUAUGGGCAGCACUACUUCCGUGGGUUCGAUGCUGGGACUCAUUGCCUGGAGGAAGACCUGCCUGUGGUUCAUAUUAGCCCCCCACCUUCUGCCUUUUUAGGGCCAAAGUGUGCACUUUGGGACUGCCCAAGACCUGCAAUGGGGUCCGACUGGUGUCAGAAAUCUCAUGACUAUUGCAGCGAUUAUCACGGUUCCCUUGCUCCAAAUGAAGGUUACCAUGGGCAUCCCCCAAUUUUAAGACCGAUGGGCAUUGGCUUGAAGGACAACUUGCUCUUUCAAGCUCUUAGUGCUAAAGCACAGGGUAAGGAUGUCGGCAUUCCAGAAUGUGAGGGCGCAGCAACUGCGAAAUCGCCGUGGAAUGCACCUGAGCUAUUUGAUCUUAAAGUGAUCGAAGGUGAAACAAUAAGGGAGUGGCUUUUCUUUGACAUGCCCCGUAGAGCAUUCGAGAGUGGGAAUAGAAAGCAAAGGUCAUUGCCUGAUUACAACGGUCGGGGUUGGCAUGAAUCAAGGAAGCAGGUCAUGAAUGAGUUUGGGGGACUGAAGAGAUCUUAUUAUAUGGACCCACAGCCUAUGAAAAACCUUGAGUGGCACCUUUAUGAAUAUGAAAUCAACAAGUGUGACGCUUGUGCUUUGUACCGAUUGGAGCUCAAACUGGUUGUGGAUGGAAAGAGGAUUCCAAAGGGAAAAGUAAGUACAGCGUCCGUUGUUGAUCUUCAAAAGAAAAUGGUGAGACUCACAGCAGAAUUUCCUCUGGAUAACAAAUGCCCCCUUGUGAAAGGUAGGACGAAAAAUGGCAACUUGAUUCCCAUUUCAGACCAAUUGAUUCCGGUUCCUGAAGGGUUGUUUGGGUACCCUUCUACGGCGCCAUAUGACUAUCUUAUUGACAAUGUGAGCAGUUACUAUUAAAGUAUUAAUCUAACAUAAAUUUGAAGACCAUUGUGAGUUUCUCGUCGGCUUGACAGUCGUAUUUUUCUGCCCGGCUUCACAGCAGACGAGGUUUAUCAAGUUGUCUCCGCAUCAGUGUCACUGAUAAGACCUUGGUCUAUUUAUGUUUCAUGAUGGUUAUGUAUUUAAUAAUGUAUUUUGUUUUGUCGGUGAAGCUUGGUUCCAGCUCCGUGCCAUAAAAUGGCCAUAAAAUGUACAGAUACAUGAACAAUAUUUCUGGAGCUCCCUCUGAUGCCCUUCUCAAUGUAGUUGCGAUUUAAUAAUAUCUUUCCAUAUGUUCUUUCAAG